AAGAAUCUCAAUUCUUCCAAUAAGGAUUAUCAAAUUGGAACGCGACAGUUUUCGUUCAAGACAAUGGCUGAAAAUCCUCAGACUUAUAAGGUUUGCAUAUUUGGUGAUCUUGGCUACUUCCAUGGCAACUCUACUGAAAGCCUUUUGCGGAAUGGUCUUGCUGGAAAAUUCGAUUUCAUCGUUCAUCUUGGUGACAUAGCCUACGACCUGCAUUCAAAGAAUGGUUCCGUCGGUGAUGAUUACAUGAAUCAACUCGAACCACUGAUUUCCAAGGUGCCCUACAUGGUGGUAGCAGGAAAUCAUGAAGACGAUGGGAAGAACUUCACCGAUUAUCAGGAACGAUUUUGGAUGCCUGACAAUGGCUACGGUGACAGCCAGUUUUACAGUUUCGAUAUUGGCCCAAUACAUUGGGUAGGCAUCAGCGCGGAAUAUUAUGGAUACUACUACGCAUAUGGUAUGGGACCGGUCUUGAAUCAGUACGAGUGGCUCAAAAACGAUCUCAAGCUGGCAACUGCAAAUCGUGCGACGACUCCCUGGAUCCUUACCUUCCAACAUCGACCGUUCUACUGCAGUAAUAUCAACUCAGCAGAAUGUCAGGCCAUAAUCGAAUUUCAAUUUCAGAUUCGAACUGGCUGGUUGGACAUGCCCGGAUUGGAGCCACUAUUCCUUCAAUACGGAGUAGAUAUGGGCUUCUGGGGACACGAACAUUCAUACGAACGAUUCUAUCCGAUAGCCGAUAGACAAUAUUGGAAUGAAUCUGAUGCCUAUGUCAAUCCCAAGGCUCCAGUGUACGUCAUCUCAGGGUCUGCUGGCUGUCACUCGGCUCACGCGUGGUUCUCUGACUCCCCAUGGCCGUUUAGUGCCUCUCGAAGCAAUGACUACGGCUAUGCGAUCCUCACCGUGGCCAAUGCCACUCACCUACAUUUGGAACAGAUUUCGAUCGAGAAGGACGAUACCCCUGUGGAUGAUUUUUGGAUUGUCAAGACCAAUGCAAACGUUCACUCACAAGCGAUGAGGUAG